CAAAAAUUUUAAAAUAGUGAAAAGCUUUCAAGAUGAUGAGCUUGUCUGAUCAAGAAGUUCCUGUAACCAUGGAUUUAGUGAGAAUGACUGAUGGAUUCACAAAAUUACCCGAUUCAGUUCAUGGAUUGUUAAAUAUCAAUUACUGUAAUACAUACACAACCAAUGAGAGUACACCAAGCGAUAAAAAUCAUCACGCAUCCAGUGGAUAUUCCAGUCCAGAAUAUAGACAAGAAUCGUGGCUUCAAGAUGGAAGUAGUUGUGAGACUGAAGAUAGUGAUCAAUACGUUUCUGAGUUUCAUCAUAUAUCAGAUGGGGUUAAGCAAGAAUCUUCACUUAAUUGCCAGAAAAAUAGAAAUGAUUAUAAUCAGCAAUAUAAUGAAAAUGGACUGAAUUUUUUGGACCUCAGUCCUGCGACUUCUGAUUUAUGUUUUGGAAAACCAAGUCCUGGAAGAAAUGAGAGGAGUGAUUGUAUAUCAGUUAAGGAAGAGCCGUCGGAUCGUGAUUACAUCGAACCAACAUCACUUACUAACCUUUCAUCCCCUGGUUCACAAGAUAAUUUAACUGCGCGAAACUUAAUCUACCAAAGACGGCAACAGUAUACUAAUCAUCUAAUAACAAGGGAACCCCAAGAUUCUCCAACAUUGAAUAGGCCAGCAAGUGCAUCAUCAAUAACAUCACAAUGGCUAACAACUCAAUCCAACCAAUCUACAGUAGAAUCAACCUUUCCAUCACGUCACGAUACUUGGUCCUCAUCUUGCACUACAAAUGUUUAUCCUAGACGUAGUUCGAGUCCAACUUGGACUAAACUAGGAAUACAGUCUGAAAUAAAAACUUCACCAUGGGAGCGACAGUCUGUUUACCAAAAGAAAAGUUCAACAUGGAAUUCCGAGUAUAUCAGGAGACCAUCGUCUUCAACAGGGUUUUCAUCAUGGCCUGAGUUGUCUGUUGGAUACCAACAACAAAGAAGAGGCUCACUCCAGCUUUGGCAGUUUUUGGUUACACUACUAGAUGACCCUGCUAAUUCUCCAUGUAUCACAUGGACCGGUCGUGGCAUGGAAUUUAAAUUAAUCGAGCCAGAAGAGGUAGCACGGCGUUGGGGAAUACAAAAAAAUCGUCCAGCAAUGAAUUAUGACAAACUCAGCAGAUCAUUAAGAUACUACUAUGAAAAAGGAAUAAUGCAAAAAGUUGCUGGUGAAAGAUAUGUCUAUAAAUUUGUCUGUGAUCCAGAGGCUUUAUUCAAUAUGGCGUAUGGUGUUGGAGCUACCAAUCCAACGACUGAGUCUUCAGGCUCGGUAGUGAGAAAUAGUAUUGCUAAAAUUGGGACGAAUACUAAUGCUUCGGAUUCUACAAAACCUUCAUCAGAAGGGUAUGGAGAAGCUGUGCUUGCUAUGUAUUCAAAUACAACCAUGUAUGGACCGUCGAGUUUGCAUCAUUUACAUCAAUACUUAGGAACGAACGAUGGUUUCAAAACACCACCACCUCGCUAUCAUACAUAUCACACACAUCAAUAUAAUAAUCACCUCCAUCACCAUUACCAUCACCAUCAUCAUUCACCUCCAUCGUAUACUGACUCUAUUUUGAACUACGGUCGCCUGUCACAAGAAUUACCAAUCGAUAUUAGAACUCAGGAGUCGAUCAAUUCAACACGUAAUGGUUACGCCGACGAAGAGCGACCAACGAAAGCAAAAGAGUCAUCGUUAGAAUUUGAAUCAUCGCAAAUGCGCAGCCAGUUAUCUAAUUCUAUAUCAAAUUCUGAAAACUCUAAUAUUUUAGAGGCAACAUCUACUAGUUCAAAAAUUGAACAGGCUUAUAAUUGUUUGAGUGUUGACAGUUGUGUAUGUUAA